CUUAAUUUGAUAAAUUAAUUUUGUUUUUUCAUUUAGGCAGGAUAUUUUCAAUUAAUUAGUAGCAAAUGGCGGUUUCAAGAGUCCACAGAAAAGCUUUUAAGGUAACCCUUAAAUAAAAACGAGUUAUUAAAACGAAAAAGCUGUAUCCUUUGAGAGUGUGUUUAAUUGAUGACACCGUUACAUUAGUCACACACGAGUUCUGCUUCGAACUUGGCCUGCUUUCCUGGAGCCUACCCGCGAGUUUUUCAAAGUUUCCAAUAGUAAUUUAGCCACUAGUACUACUUUAUAAACGCCUCCACAUUGCCCCAAAAACUUCACACCAAAUCACACCAAUCAAUUCUUCUCUGCUUUGCUCUGUUUCUCAAAUUACAAACAAAGUUUAUUUUCAAGAAAAACAAAAAAAAAAAAAACUGAAUCAAAGAUGGCCUCAAAGACAUCCUUUGCCCUGCCGCAGCUCUUGCUGAUUGCAUUGUCACUACUAAACCUUGUUUCUGGUGGGAGAGUUCUUCAGCAAACCAUGCCUUUCAAAUACCACAAUGGUCCUCUGCUUACGGGCAGAGUCUCACUCAAUCUCAUCUGGUACGGCCAAUUCACCCAAUCCCAGAAAUCAAUUAUCUCUGAUUUUGUCACUUCCCUGUCUUCUUCCCCAAAAUCCCAACCCCAACAACCUUCAGUUGCGAAUUGGGUCAAUUCCAUUCAGAAAUAUUAUACCCUCAUCAAAUCCAAACCCAAUGUCCAGUUUUAUCUCGGCACCCAAACUCUAGACCAGAAAUACUCUCUGGGCAAGUCACUCAAGUCGCAGCAAAUUCAACAAAUCGCAGCAAAGGCCGCCGCCGGAAGCAACCAAUUAGGCACCGCCGUCAACGUCGUCUUGACUUCGUCGGACGUGGCGGUUGAAGGGUUCUGCUCCAGCCGGUGUGGCACCCAUGGUUCUCUUCCGGCCGCCAAGAAUUACGGAAAUCAGAAAUUCACUUACAUUUGGGUGGGAAAUUCAGAGACCCAAUGUCCAGGUCAAUGCGCCUGGCCAUUCCACCAGCCAAUAUACGGUCCACAAGGCCCUCCUUUGGUUGCCCCCAACAACGACGUCGGAAUUGAUGGGAUGGUCAUCAAUUUAGCCACCCUUCUGGCCGGUACCGCCACCAACCCCUUUGGAAACGGCUACUAUCAGGGUCCCGCCACCGCGCCACUGGAAGCCGCCACCGCGUGCCCGGGGAUAUUUGGCAAAGGGGCUUACCCGGGUUACGCCGGAAAUUUGUUGGUGGAUUCUGCUACAAAGGCGAGCUACAACGCUAAUGGAGUCAAUAAGAGGAAGUUCUUGCUUCCUGCUCUGUUUGAUCCUGCUUCUAAUUCUUGCUCAACUCUGGUUUAGAGCUUCGGAAUUUAUUAUAUAUGCUUAUUAGCGCAAUAUGUACAUAAUAGUAUACGGGUUUGAUUAGGACACAAUAAAUUCUCAUCAAUCAGGUGGCCAUCUUAUUAUUCUACUAGUAAAACAAAAUUCAAUUUAUUGGUUUCUUGAUUAGACAAUGUUUCAUUUUCAAUCUUCAGUGUUUUUCUUUUGGUAUGUGUUGCAAAACCUUGUGAAAGGAAAAAAAAUCAUAAAAAAUCUUAUUAAAGUUGAUGAAGAAAUGGAAUAGUAGCAGACACAUAUGACCAUAUGAGGCCUUUGAGAAAUGAAAAAAAAUAAAAGUAAUUGGUAUCGUUCUAAUAAUUUGUGUCUAUCAGUGUUUUCUAUCUUUUUGAUCUCCGACGUUCUGUUACAUGGUUAAAGACUUGAUUUUCUUAUGUCAAACACCAUACAUUGUGUGGAUUAAAUGAUCAAUUUGAGCAAACUCUUCUCCUAAUAUGAUAUUUGUCAAGUAAUUAUAUUCAACCGGUUAAACUUUGUUUUGGUAAUGAAAUAUUCAUAUUCAGGGCUACUAACACAAGUACCUACAGGAUCUUCAAAUAAGAUAUCUCCUCUAUU